AGUUACAUACCCUUCAGUUGUAUGGAGGGAAAUACUAGAACCACGUUUUGUAUGAAGUGAACUUAAAACGGUAAGCGCCUGAAAAGUGCCAAUACAGACUAUUUGUUUGUGUUUUGUUGUGUUCGCUAAUCUAGCCAGCCUCGGCUACUACAGAGCUAACGUUAGUUAACGUUAGCAUAGCGCCGGUUAGCCUGAUGGUAACCCACGUGUCAGUGUAUCGUGAGUGUUUACAGACUCACUCCACAAUUACAUUUUCUAGAAUUAAAACAUAACCACGCAGGUUAAUUUCUGCUCGGUUGCUUACUAGUUACUCAGAAAAACUUGUAAAUAAGCCGUUAGCCACCGCUGUUUGGCAGCAGUGCGGUGAGCCGUCACUGGGUGGUGCUGUUCAGCUGCUGUCUUCAAGUUUUACUAUGGACUACACCAAAGAAAAUGAAGAUGAUGAUGGCGAGGAAGGCAGCAAAGACGACCUUUCCUUUAUUGAGGACUACAGUAGCUCAGGAGGAGAAGAAGAGUUCGAGUUCACGCAGCAGAAACAUCACAGCAGCUGUAAACAAACUGCUCGGCUCAACAGGGAGAGCUCUCCUCCGCUCCUCCUGGCCUUCAACAUCACCUCCGGACGGUCUCUGCAGCUCAGCCGCCAGAGCUCUGCCUCCACUUUGCAGGAGGAUGAGGAGGACAGUGACCAGCCCAUCGAGGAGUGGAUGAUCGUGGAAGGAGAGGAGCAGGUGGGAGACUCAAGCAUCCAGCUCAACCUGAGCUACUGGAGCAGCUCAGAGGAUGACUCUGGAGAUGAAGAUCAGACUGAGGAAUCAGUGAAGAAUACCUGGGCCAUAUCAGAGAAAGACAAGUACGGUGCUGACUGGUCACUGCCCAGCCGCUAUUUUUUGACUGGUCGUUCUCUGACAUGUAACAUCUGCAACAGGACGGGACACCUUGCCAAAAGCUGCUACUACCACAAGAAAUGUCCCACCUGUGUCCUUUGUGGGCUCCAGGGCCACAUCCAGAGGGACUGUCCGGGCCGGCCGUGUCCCAGCUGUGGACUGCCUUCACACGGCCUCAGGCCCUGUGGAAGGCCCCCGGUGUGGAAGCAACACUGUCAGCGCUGUGGGAUGUCGGGGCACCUUUCUGAUGCCUGCCCCGAUACGUGGAGACAGUACCACCUCACAAUCCGGUUAGAGCUUCCAGUGAGGCCACGGACAGUCCUCAAACAUAAGAAAUGCCCCGCUCACUGUUACAACUGCUCUAAGAGGGGACACUAUGGCUAUGAGUGCACUAAGAGGAGAAUGAUCAGUGGGACUUUUCCUUCACUGCCUUAUGUUUGCCACUAUGACUCCAUGGAGGACAUCCUCCAACGUCACACCGGGAAGCAGAAAAGAGCCAGAGAUCUGUUGGGUGCUGGAUCCCUGCCUCUCUCAGACCAGCAGCACUUGUCUGCACCAACAGCCGAGAGCGGUGAGAAGAAUCAGCCAGUCCAGGGGAGGAACAACACAAAGCAGGCGACGUGUAGCCGCAUCGGCAGGAGGAAGACGUGGCCAGAGAGGCGCAGAGAGAGACGGGAGGUGAAGAAGCUCAGGAGAGAGGCUCAGGCAAGACGAGAAGGAGGACUUCUGGGGCGAUCCACGAGGAACUCUGAUGAUGAAGUUUGCCCUGCAGACCCUUUUUGUUCCGCACUGCGCGGUCACGAGCAGUCCACACUCUCGCCACAGAGAAAAAGGAGGGAUGAGGCAGGUGGCAGGAGCAGGAAGAGCAGAGAGGCCGAGAGGUGGAAGAAGAGAGGAGGGAUGAAACGUGGGGAUUUAUAUCCCCACGGUGUCACAGACAUCGGCAGUGAAAACCUUCUUUCCCCAAAACAGAGAGUGCGCCAUCGCCGAAGAUAAGGCGUCAUUGUUUUUUUUUUCUGAAGUAGUAACAAAUUUAAUGAACAAAAAAUGCUUUUGUAUGUGUCUGUGAAUGAUUUGUUUAUUUAUUGUCAAUACAAUAAAACUGUAGAAUGGCA